AUGGCAGAGGUGCCAAUAUCUUUUGAGGACGUGUCUGUGUCCUUCACAAAGACAGAAUGGAAACUUCUGGACCUUAAACAAAGGGUCCUCUACAAGCAGGUGAUGCUGGAGAACUACAGCCAUUUGGUGUCACUGGGAUUUGCCUUCUCUAAGCCUCACCUGGUGUCCAGGCUGGAGCAAGGGGAGGGGCCCUGGGUAGCAGACCUCUGCAGAACUGGAGCUGUGACGGGAUCACACGCAGGUGACAGGGUAAAGAGCAAGACGCCGAUUUCAAAGUCGAGACAGUCUGGAAGAGGACUCCCAGGGACUCACCUUCUUAGCGGAAAGGAAGGCCAGGGGGCGAGGUCGCCUCCACAGCUAGGUGAUACCUCAGGAGCGCCAGCCCAGAGAAGUCCCCAUGGCUUCCAGCAGAAUCCCGUUCUACGGCAGCAGCGCUCCAAGGGCGCGGAUAAACGGUACCUGUGCCAGCAGUGCGGGAAAUCGUUCAGCCGCAGCUCCAACCUGAUCAAGCACCGCAUCAUCCACAGCGGCGAGAAGCCCUAUGCGUGCGGGGAGUGCGGGAAGCUGUUCCGGCGUAGCUUCGCGCUGCUGGAGCACCAGCGCAUCCACAGCGGCGAGAAGCCUUACGCGUGCAGCGAUUGCGGCAAGACCUUCACGCGCAGCUCCAACCUGAUCAAGCACCAGAUCAUCCACAGCGGCGAGAAGCCCUUCGCCUGCGGCGAGUGCGGGAAGCUGUUCCGGCGUAGCUUCGCGCUGCUGGAGCACCAGCGCAUCCACAGCGGCGAGCGGCCGUUCGCGUGCAGCGAGUGCGGCAAGGCCUUCAGCCGCAGCUCCAACCUCAUCGAGCACCAGCGCACGCACAGCGGCCAGAAGCCCUACGCCUGCCCCGAGUGCGGCAAGGCCUUCAAGGGCGUCUCGCAGCUCAUCCACCACCAGCGCAGCCACAGCGGCGAGAAGCCCUUCGCGUGCCAGGAGUGCGGCAAGGCCUUCCGCGGCCGCUCUGGCCUCAGCCAGCACCGGCGGGUGCACAGCGGCGAGAAGCCGUACGAGUGCAGCGAGUGCGGCAAGGCCUUCAGCCGCAGAGCCAACCUCUUCAAGCACCAGGCGGUGCACGGCGGGGUGCGGGCCUCCGAGCGCCGGGGCCGCGGGAAGGGGCUGCGGCGCGGGUGCAUGCUGCUGGAGCAGCGGCGGGGGCCGCGCGGGCCGCGGCCCCAAGAGGGAGGGGAGGGCAGCCCCGCGGAGCCGCGGCCGAGCCGUGGCAGCCAGAAGCCCCACGUGUGUGGGCACUGCGGCCAGGCCUUCGAGAGCAAGUCACAGCUGAGUGGCCACCUGCGCGCCCAGGGCGGCGAGAAGCCCCAUGUGGGCGGCCAGAGAGCGGCAGCUGUGGAGGGGAAGUCACCGUCACCGCUCAGCCACCAUCUGCAAGCUGCACCCAUCGAGGGAAGCGACGGUGGCCACAGUGCCGGCCUCCUGUGCCCUGAGAAGACCCAGGACAGAGCCUGUCCCUUCGGCGGGAGACAGGGCGGUGACUCCUAGUGGGAGGGCGCGCCCUUCCCCGAGUGCAGUCUGCCCCUCCUUCCCCAGUGGGUGGAAAGUGCGGACCCUCCCUCCCCCAGUCCUUGAUGUUGCAAUUGCCGCAUAGGGACUGUCCCGGGCCCACCUGCUUGUCCCUGGGCCCACCGCAGGCCACGUGUGCGUGCCGAGAGGCGCCAGGUGAGCGACUUGCGUAUGCCGAGUCGCUCUCCCAGCUGCUGGAUCGCGGUCCGGUUCGGGUCGCAAGCAGCCGCGUAGAGCCCGCUCCGGGCGCGCUUGAGUUUACAGAGGGAUGGAUGGCCUAUGCCCUCGCUCGUGGGUGGGUUGUUCACCUUCCCCGAAGAGUUGUUAGUGUUUCCAGGUAGAAGAUACUAAAAGCACUUUAAUCCACUUAGAGCUUACAAAUGGGGCUCUAAAGUUAGCCUGCUGCUUUGCCAGAAGGCACAGGGCACCCAGCUGUCCCUUAGCCCUGACCAAAAAGGUCUACAGGCCUCCGGGGAAAGAUAGCGGGUUGCGCCCUGCCCAGGCGCCUUCUGCUGCUUUUUGGGGGAGCUGCACCUAGCCCCAUCAUCUCAGAGGUGGGGUUCUGGGAAGUGGCUGGCCUGGCCCCUGCAGAAAGGAUAAGACCCAGGGAUCCUGAGCUUCUUGGUUUUGGUAGAGGAGCCUUUUCCCAUGGUCCCUCCUAAGAGUGGGCUCUGGGCAAUAUGUGGUAACGGACUUCUGCCAUGCUCCUGGCUUCAGAGUCCUUUCUGUCCACCCAGCAAAGGCUGUCAGAGCCUGUUGUACCCCCACUCCAAGCUUCAAAUUUAUCUGCUGCUCCCCUUUCAGGCACCCUCCUUGUGGCAGUGACUACUGGGAGGAGAGCAAGGCAGGGUAGAGAUUUGCACUUUCGCAAGCCCUGAAUUGCAUUUGGGCAACAGGGUGGCUGCCUUUCACAUGACAUUUCUUAGAACAUUGCAGGUGCUGUUGCUUUAAUGUUUUUGUAUUCAGGGUUAAUGUAAGUUGAAAAUGGAGAUUUUUGCCAUAUGAGAAUGUCAGGGAAUCACUCCUUAAAUGAGAAGUCCUCAUUUAAGUCCCUCAUCUGGGAGGGAAGUGUAGCUCAGUGGUGGAGUACUUGCCCUGGGUUGCAUCUACA